GAUAAAUACGGUCUUUACACACGUGACUAAAACACGAACAUUAGCCAAAGCAGUUGUAGCGACCGUGACCCAUAAAUAGUGGUUGUAGUUGUUGUUUCAACACGCCUUUCCUUUAAUUUCUUAUAUUUCAAAAAAAAACUCAUUUUUUUAACAUUAUACUGUUCGCUCCCUUUGAGUUAACCUUAAUUAAAAAAAAAAGAAGAUCUAUAGCAAAAUUUUCAUAAAAUAAAAUGUCUCAAUCUUAUCAAAUUCCGUUGGAAAAAGAAAAGGAUAAUAAGACUUCACUCCAGGCACGAAGGUCAGAUUCUGUUUCUGUUACUAUGGUGUCGGCUACACCACCAAAUUCCGCGGCUAAACCAAUUCAGCAACUCCCUGCCUCUACUCUAAGUCACCUUGAAAAUAUUUUUGAGGCUGUCAAGAAACAGGUUUCAAUAUGGGGGGAACGUGCUAGGUGGAAGAUUGAUUUAGUUUUGUUACCUGCUGAAGAAGAAGAAGAUACAGAGAAUUCAAAUCAAGUUGGAGGAUCCUCAAAUCAACAACAGUCUGGUUUACACACUCCUACAAGCGAUAAUGCGGGUGAUACACCAGUAUCAGCUCAUGGUCAGUUACAAUUAACAACAAUAUCAACGCAGACACAGCCACCACAAGUUCAAUUUUAUACACAGGCUGAAAAUGUAAGAGUGGAAAAUCCCAUGCGUUAUACAUUAGACGAUGAUACUAUAGAAAAAUUGGACAUUGAGACGGCAAAACGUAUGCUAAAAGAAGCAAUACUUCACAUUCGUGCCUAUGAAUCAGCAUUAAAUCGCGUGUCUCGCGAAUCAGAGACAAAGGUAAAGGAGGCACAAGCGAGAGCAAAAAAAGCAAAUGAACAAAUUGAAAGCAUGGCGAAAUUCCAUUCGAUAAGAGUUAGCAAAUAAUCAUCAAUUUUAAUGGUUGUUUAAACAUCUUUACAAACCUUUAAUUGUUGUUUUUGUUCUUUUCAGGAAAAAGAAAAGACCAGUAAGCAUUCUGUAGAACUUAAGAUAUUACAAGAAGACGUUAAAAUUUUAAGUCGAAAAUAUAAAGAAGCAAAUGCACAAUUAGCUGAUGUUAAAGCAAAAUAUACUAGUUUACAAGAACAAGUAAUUCGUAGUAAAGAGGUUAGUAAAAAAUAUUCAUAACUUUAUUUUUUUUACACUAUAAAAAGAAGAAAUAUUUGGUUCAAUAUAUAUGCUUCACUUUGCAUCGAUAAUGUUA